GGUGACGACUGCAUACCGGGCCGAAUGAAGAAGAAGUCAACUUUACUUCCCUUCCCAACUAGCUUCUCCUAAUCCAGUCACUGCUUGCUGACCGAGAGUGAAAGAAAGAGAGUUAGUACGAGGACCCUGGAGAACUGGACGUGUCCGCAGUUGGAUUGAGAGCGUGGGAAAGACAAUGAGGGUUUGUGCGCUAUUGGCCCUUGUGGCCUGUGCCUAUGCCCAGGAAGUGUCAAUAGAAGAAGGUAGCGCCGAAGCUUUAAUCUCACAGCCACAUGGCACGCAGACGCUGAUUCCCGGUAGUCGAUUCCGCCAGCGCUGCACGUUCAGUUUGCCUGGCAUGCUCAAGGAUGAGCCAAUUCUCUUCCGCAAGUCUGGAAGUUCGGAUCUUCUGCCAGGAGAGAAGCGAGGCGAAGGCGACUAUAUGAUGACGAUUGAAAGCGUCACAACGGCUGAUGCUGGAACGUAUAUAUGCUCACUGACAAUCAGUGAUUCUGUGUACACUGCAGAAGUCACGCUUGAAGUGGCGGACCCAACUGAUGCACCGCCAGCUGCGGAACACAAGAAGUCGUUUGACCGCUUCGCGUACCAGCGAACAUGCCGACCGGGAUGCAAAGGCCAGACGGGUGAUCACGGUCCACACGGUGACGACGGUUCAAUGGGUCCCGCCGGUCCACCAGGUCCUGCUGGCCCUCCAGGUGUAACAAUGCGCCGUCCAGUGAAGAUCAAGAUCCUGAAGGGCGAUAAUGGUCCAGAAGGCCGACCCGGACCAGCUGGAGGACCUGGAAUGCAUGGUAUGCACGGUAUGCCGGGCUUUGCUGGACCAGCCGGUUCUGCAGGUGCCAAAGGAGCAGAUGGACAACCAGGUUAUCCCGGUCAGGCUGGACCACCUGGAGCACCUGGUGCUCCCGGACCAGUAGGCGAGGAAGGCUUUGAGGGAAGGCCAGGAGUGCCCGGAGCUGCUGGAGCUACAGGAGACAAGGGCGAACGCGGUGUUCCCGGCUUGCCCGGUGUGAAUGGCGAGGAUGGCUCUGCUGGCGCGGAUGGUCCCCAAGGACUCGAGGGAGUACCCGGUGACCAAGGAGCAGAAGGCGAACAAGGCCCGGAAGGCAACCUUGGUGAUCUUGGAGAUACUGGUGCAACUGGUGGCCGGGGAGCAAAGGGAGCGCUCGGAGACACUGGAAAUGUUGGACCCAAAGGUGCACAGGGCAUGACCGGUGACAAGGGUGCGAUGGGAGCCAAGGGUGGAGUUGGAUCUCAGGGUGCUACUGGAGAUAUUGGUCCUGAAGUCUACAUUCAUCGACGCGUCAACAAAGAAUGCAAUGCUGAUACGUUUGGUGAAGUUGCGUAUGGACCUGAUAUGGGCAAACUGUACUUCUGCAAUGGAAACACGUGGGAGUGUGUCGAAAGUGGUGGUUGCCAAGAAUGCGAUCAAUUUGUCACCGAAUGGACUGGCUGGUCACAAUGCUCUGUCACAUGUGGCGAAGGACAACAGACUCGCCGUCGCAGCUUCCGUCAGCGCCCCAACUUUGCCCUCGAAGACUGCCCUCUGGAGGAGACCCGGGAUUGCCAGACCGGCGUGUCCUGCCUGCAAUGUAUUGAGGAUGGACGUAUCUUCCAACUUGGAGAGAGAACGUACAUCGCAUCGCCCGGCAAUGCGGCAGCUGAUGUGCUGCUUGUUGUGGACGAAUCAUCCAGUAUGGAGACUGAACAUGCGUGGCUUCCGUCCAUGGUUGAGCAGCUGGAGAACAAGCUACGGUCAGCUGGCGUUGGUACGGGUUCCAGGCCCAACAUGUACAGUUUGACUGGCUUUGGAGCUGGCUCAUCGCUGCCUGACCAGUGCCCAACAGCCAAGCUGACUCUGUCUGACAAGCAAAGAUUCUUCACAUCUAACAAGUACAGUGAGGCCAACUCACACUUGUCCACGGCUAAGAACGGUGACCGUGAAGACGGCUACCAUGCAUUGGUGUGGGCCAUUAACACCACGCCGUACCGCCGUGGACCUGGGAUCGGGAGGAACAUUAUCCUGGUGACGGACGAAGACCGGGACAAUGACUGCGGCCACAAGUAUGGACUCAACAAGCAGAAUGUUGCCAACUCGCUCCUGACUGCUGGCUUCCGUCUGAACGGUGUGUACAACAUGCAGUACGCCAUCAGGAAGGCUGGUCAGGACAUGGGCAGUGCGCUGGGUAUUUACGGUAAUGCGGACGGCAGCCGACUUGCCUUUGUUGCUGAUGGCCAGGGCGGCUAUAACAAUGUGACGGAUGUCAGCAUGACGACCAGUACCAACCAGCCGCUCUACAACCGCUUCACCUACGGCGACUACAUUGAGUGGACACUCGGUCAGAACGGUGUAGUCUGGGAUCUGUCGACGCUGCGUGAAGUCGGAUCCAUCCAGUCGUCUUUCACGGAAGCUUUUGUCGACAUCAAGACCAACGAGAUUGCAAACCAGGCUAGGGCGUGCUCCGUGUGCACGUGCAUGGAAGUUCGCAGUGGUGUCGCCCAGUCAGUAUGUAUCCCCGCCACCGACAAUGCAGAGUGUGCGUGCUUGGCGCAGAACAGAAGGUAUGUGAACGGAAAUUGCCUGUGAGCGGAAGGUGAUCUGCCGCCCUCCUAUCUUCAAUGAGCAGCUGCACUUGGUUGACACACCUCUCCUUGAUUCCACCCUACCUCUGCUCACCAAUCUGCCUAACAACAAUCCGGUAAUUAUCUGGUGCUGGACAAAAAGCUCACGCAUGCCCAUGCAAGCCUGGCUGUUUCCCUCAAACACUAUAGCUGGGUGAAACUUGCAAGUGGACCCACAAUUCAAUUUCCGCUUCUCGCAACUAGUGGUGGUGAUUGUUGCAAUGCCUGAUCUCAAGUCUGAGGUGCACUCUCCGAAUAGAUUUUCUGUGCGUUUCCCGUGCUUGCCUAGAUGCAACUGCGCUUCGCUUUGUGACCAGUUUGUGCUUCUUCCUCUUCUUGUCCAUCCCGUGCAAACUUGCUGUUUAUAUACUUGGUCUUCCUUCACUCCAUUUCUUGGUUUCUCUUGGGUAGCGUGCACUACACACGUAACGCAUUGACUGUGUGCUGGCAGCUCAAUCUACUACACGUCUAUAUCUCUGUGGGACUGAUUUAACCAUGCUGUGUGCCGGUCUGUCUGAGUAAUUGAUAUGUACUCGUGACUAGCUGAACGCAAGUGAUAAGAACUUUUUUGUGUAACGUAAGGUAGAGUCUACACCAUCUC